AUGGCCCUGAAGCGCAGAGAUGUAGUCCUUGCCGCCGUCGCCCUGUUCGUGGCCUGGGGCUACCUCACCCACUGGCAGCCCAAGCUGCACUACCUGCCUUAUGCGUUCGUCGCCGGCGCACUCGCGACGCUGGCCGGAGGGGCCUGGCUGACGCUGUCCACGGCCUGGGGUGCCAGUGCCCGAGACGGGAAUCUGAGGCAGAGCGGGCGGGAUUAUGGAGCAAGACACGCAGCGUUCGUGCGCCCGGAGCGCUGGAAGAACGAGAUCGAGGCGCUCACCAAGCGCAACGAGUACAUGAUGGAGCCCUUGGACCCCUCCUCGUUUGUGGUCAGCGACAGCCUAGACGUCUUGAUCGGCCUGGUCCUGCGCGACUUCGUCAAGAGCUGGUACGGCAGCAUCAGCAAAAGCCCCACGUUCGUCAACGAAGUGGACAGGUGCAUGCGCGCGGCGCUGGGCGAGCUGCGCCACCGCAUUCUUACCGUCGACAUGGUCGAUAUGGUGGUCUCGCGGCUGAUUCCAGUUGUCACGGAGCAUCUGAGGGCGAGCUAUGAGGCGGAGCAGAGUGUCAGGGGUAGGAAGUUGAUGCGCAACGUUACAGAGAGUGAGGAGUUGGAUCUUGCGAUUGCAGCAAAGUACAAGGAGGGCAGACUGCAUCCUGCGGCCAGUCUCGCGUACUCGAAUACGAAGCCGAUCCAGCAGCAGCAUCUGCGCGGGCUGGUUGCGAGGAUCCUGCCGAAGCUUUUGCCGCCAGACAUGAUGACGAGUCCUGCGGUCAAUGUGCUUGUCAAGGAGCUGGUGGCGUGCGCGGUGCUGUCGCCGAUCAUGCAGAUGAUUGCGGAUCCGGAUAUGUGGAAUCAGCUCAUGGAGGGCUAUGGCCGCACCCUCCUCCAGGAACGGAAGACCGUCCGCAAAGUUCGCGCCGCCCUCGACCAGCAGACGCCUGCCUCGCCCAAGAUCCCUAGGAAUUUUCAGUUUCCCAAACUCGCGCCGGGCGACAAUGAACGCCGCUUCGAAAAGUUCAUACGCGCCAUCAGGCAGACAAAUACACUGGCAGACGCUCGCCGUUUUCGCAGCGAAAUCUCGAGUCAGCUGCGAAAGGACGCGCAAGUCGAUGGGCAGGACGCCGUGUAUCUGCGGCGCCUGGAGACGGCACGCAGUAUACUAGACCAGAAGGUCACGAACCUGAGUACUGGCGGCUCGGUUCGAGCUAAAGUAGCAGCUAAAGAGAAGCCAAAGCACAAGAGGACUUCGUCUCGAUUCGCCAACGCGUCUCUGCGAGAAGUGCUAUACGAUGCAUCUGGUCUUUCUUGCUUCAUGGAGUUCAUGGAUCAGGCAGAUUUGAUGCGUCUUGUACAAUUCUGGAUCGUCGUUGAUGGCUUCCGGAACCCGCUUGAGGAUGAGGUGGAUGACGAUGAGCCUCCAGCUCACAGUGGCCCACUGCCUGCUUGGACCGAGUCAGACCGCGCAGAUAUCGCCCAAAUUCAUGAUGGAUACCUGUCAAAGCCAGAGCUGAAGAUUCUCCCAGAAGCAAGGCAGGCAGUGUCCCAGUUCCUCAAGGCUGGACGAAAGGCCACGCCGCAGCACUACCAGGAUGCACGGCGUGCUCUACUCCGAGCUCAGACGGACGCGUACGAUCAACUUCAAGAGCCGUACUUUAGACGCUUCAAGAGGUCAAACCUGUACUACAAGUGGCUUGCGAUGGAUGAGGCCGCAAAUCCGAGCAGAACCAUUGCAACGCAGUCUAUCGCACAGACCUUGGACAAUCCAUCCGUGGCUGCUCCAGCAAUGCAAAGGUCGCAGUCAAAUCAGAGGCCUAUGCUCAAGCUACCAGCAGGGGACCUGCGCCGCGCAGUCGCAUCAUCCUCGGAUCUCAAGAGCCAGAGCAUCAUCAAAGACUUCGAGCCGCCGCUCAGACGAUCACUGGACGUGCAAUCCCCCAACGCCUUCCGUUCACCUUUGUUCGAUGACGAUUACGACACGGAUACAAUGAUGCAGUCAACAGCAAGCUUGGAUUCCGACUUCGGUCAAAACCAAGCCAACGGAAACAACAGCCAGGUAGUAGAUGCCAUGCACGCGGCAUUGACCGACAUCAUGGACGAACCUGAGGGCUCCAUAUUCUACGAUCCCAAUUUGAAGUCACCACAAGAUAACGACUCACAGAAAGCAUCGGUCGAUAUCCCGCGAGCCAUGUCACCUAGACCAGCGAUGCAGAAUAGGAAAGAAGGCGAAAAGCCGAGCAUAGCAUCCCUGGGGCUCGUCGGUGCACCUAGGACUCGCGGCGUGUUUAAUGACGAUCUCUUCGGCGACGAACAGAAGUUCCUCGAGGAUGAAGUCGAGGAUACGUCGCCCAACCCAAACAAGACAGACGCCGAGGACAUCCACGAAGCCGCACCCGGAGACUUGGGUCUUGCGGAGGCUAUCGAUGCAUUGACCGCAGAUAUCGAACGCCUGGUCACGCAGGAGUCGAUUGUGGACUCGCUGACGAGCAAGGCCGAGUUGACGAACAAUGCCGCGGAGCUGAGAAUAUUAAGGAAGAGUAAGGCAAGCUUGCAGAGAGAGAUUCAAAGGAAGGAACUACAACGUCAACAGUACAUCGUUCAGGAGAGUGAUAACAGUCUGUACGGCCGCGCUACGGUGUUUAUACAAUCCAUUAUGGUCGGUACAGAGGAGGAUGGAAAGGAGUACGCAAUGUACGUGAUCGAAGUCAAGCGCAAAGCAGGCGACCAGAUGCCUGCCGCCACAUGGGUCAUCUCGCGUCGAUACAGCGAAUUCCACGAACUGCACAAGAACCUGCGCUCCAAAUUUCCCCAAGUCCGGACCCUCGACUUCCCGCGUCGUCAAAUGAUGCUCAAGCUCCAAAAAGACUUUCUGCACAAACGCCGCAUCGGGCUGGAGAAAUACCUUCGCGAACUCCUGCAAAUCCCUUCAGUCUGUCGUUCACGCGAAUUGCGCUCGUUUCUGUCAGCGUCCGCCAUAAAUCCCGCAGACACCCUCAAGAACCCUGCCGAGACGAACGAUUUCGUCAGCAGGAUAUACAGCAGCGUGGCCGACGGCAUGGAAGAGUUCCUCGGCAACAUUCCCGUGCUGGACCAGCUCAGUGUCGCAGGCCAGAAUUUAAUCUCAGCAGCCACUACGCAACUCGCCGCAAGCCAUGCCAGCGACCCCAAUGUGCCUGGGUUCGAAGCAGGGCUCGGCAUCGGCGACGCAGAGGCAGAAGCCGAACUUCUCGCGUUCGAGAACAAAGAACUCGAACCCCUGGUGAAACCCAUCUGCGACCUCUUCCUCGAGGUAUUCAGUCUGAACGCGCAGAACAAUUGGCUAAGAGGACGGGCGGUGGUCGUCGUGCUGCACCAGCUCCUCGGUGGCACGAUCGAGCGCAAGAUCCGCGACCUGUUCACCACAUAUACAUCCGCCAAUGCUGUCGCGGGCUAUGUCGACAAAAUUGCCGACACGAUGUGGCCGGGCGGCCGCAUGAAAGUGGCUGAUCCCAACGCAGCACCAAGAAGUCAGAAGGAUAAGGAUAAGUCCAGACGCGAGGCGAAGGCUGUGCUAGAGACGCUGAUACCCGAGUUGGCGAGCAGUGUGGUGGGUAGGCAGAAUGCGGUCAUUGCCGCCAGGCGGCUGGAAGGGAUGAUCAACAACGAGCGUUUGGAUACGCAUUUGGUGUAUACAAUUAUGGAUGAGGUCUUAGGGGUGCUGUUCCCUGAUGCUUAG